CCUCCUCCUUCUCCUUCUCUUUCUCCGGAGCAAGCGCUCUUCCAGCGGGUUGCAGUUUUCAGUUCUCAUGGAGCAGUUCUGGGCAAGCCAGCCGAUGGGACUCCAGGCCACACCAGGAGGAUGGAAUUUAUUUUAAGGUCUGCGCGGGGCGGCCAUUGGCGGCGGAGUGUCACGUGACCGCGGAGGCGUGCCAAUGUGCCCCCUCGCGGGUGUCAAGCCCUUCUCAGAGUGUGCGCCUACCAACGUGAAGCCUCGCGAUGCAAAAAGCGACCUACUACGACAGCUCGGCGAUCUACGGCGGCUACCCCUACCAAGCAGCCAAUGGGUUCGCUUACAGUGCCAGUCAGCAGCCGUACGCGCCGCCCGCCGCUCUGGGCACCGAUGGCCUUGAGUACCAUCGGCCCGCCUGCUCCCUCCAGUCCCCCGCCAGCGCUGGGGGACACCCCAAAGCUCACGAGCUGAGCGAGGCAUGUCUCCGCAGCCUGGGCGGCCCCCCGAGCCAACCCCCAGGCCUGGGGGAUCCACCUUUGCCUCCACCGCCCCCGCAGGCAGCACCCCCGGCCCCACAGCCUCCGCAGCCCCCGCCACAGCCCCCUGCACCCACUCCUGCGGCUCCCCCGCCUCCUUCUUCUGUCUCCCCCCCUCAAAGUGCCAACAGCAACCCUCCCCCCGCCAGCACAGCCAAGAGCCCCCUGCUCAACUCUCCCACCGUAGGCAAACAAAUCUUUCCCUGGAUGAAAGAGUCGAGACAGAACGCUAAGCAGAAAACCAGCGGCUCCAGCUCAGGGGAGAGCUGCGCCGGCGACAAGAGCCCGCCCGGGCAGGCCUCGUCCAAGCGCGCGCGCACGGCCUACACGAGCGCGCAGCUGGUGGAGCUGGAGAAGGAGUUCCACUUCAACCGCUACCUGUGCCGGCCGCGCCGCGUGGAGAUGGCCAACCUGCUGAACCUCACGGAGCGCCAGAUCAAGAUCUGGUUCCAGAACCGCCGCAUGAAGUACAAGAAGGACCAGAAGGGCAAGGGCAUGCUGACCUCGCCCGGGGGCCAGUCCCCCAGCCGCAGCCCCGUGCCUCCCAGCGCCGGGGGCUACCUGAACUCUAUGCAUUCGCUGGUCAACAGCGUCCCGUACGAGCCGCAGUCGCCCCCUCCCUUCUCCAAGCCCCCCCAGGGCGCCUACGGCUUGCCCCCGGCCUCCUACCCCGCACCCCUGCCCAGCUGCGCUCCCCCGCCGCCCCCACAGAAGCGCUACCCAGCGGCGGGGGCAGGCGCGGGGGGCACCCCCGACUACGACCCGCACGCUCACGGCCUGCAGGGCAACGGCAGCUAUGGGACCCCACACCUACAGGGAAGCCCCGUCUUCGUGGGGGGCAGCUAUGUGGAGCCCAUGAGCAGCUCUGGGCCAACACUCUUCGGCCUAACUCACCUCCCCCACACCACCUCGGCUGCCAUGGACUACGGGGGCACUGGGCCGCUGGGCAGCGGUCACCACCACGGGCCGGGGCCCGGCGAGCCGCACCCGACCUACACGGACCUUUCUGCCCACCAUCCUUCUCAGGGAAGAAUUCAGGAAGCGCCCAAGCUCACCCACCUGUGAUGACGGGCUCGGGCCUCGCGUCAGAGAGCUGCCCUCCCCACCUUCUUUGCUUCCUUUUUACUUUUUUUCUUUUUCUAUUUUUUUUUUUUUACCUUCCUCCUGCCUCUCCCUUUCCUCUUCUGCACCCUCUCCCUCAUUUUGUUUUCUUUGGUAAUGCGUUUUUAUAGUUUAUGUGACGCAGCAAUCUUGGUUGCUGAAAAGGCUGUCUAUCAGUAGCGACAUUUACCCCCCCACACCACCACCGUGUGCCCCGGCCUCCGGCCCUGCACCCUCUACCUUCUCCACUCUUUGAUAAGAAACAGGGUAUAUGAACAAACUUUCUAGUCGAGUUUUCAAUGUGAAUUUGUUCAGACGUUAUGGCUCCCGAAAGGAAGCGACUGCGUGUUUUUUUUUUUUUUUUGAGUUUUAGUUUUUGAAAUUGCACUUCUUGUAAUGAGCGAGAAAAAGAAAUCAAAGGCGCUUUGAAACAGGGGCUGCCUGUGCGAAGGUGACUGAGUGUACGUCUUUCCGUCUGUGUAUGCUGGUGAACAGUCAGAUUUAUUUAUAUUUUUUGCAAGCAUUAAAUAGUCUAAGUUUUAAAUAUUAUUUAUCCCCCAUCCGUUCGUAUUUAUAUUAAAGAAAUUCUGUACCCUGGUUGUUCAGAAGGUUUCUCGGGCCUUUUGUUCAAUGGUGUAUUGGCAUACCUAUAAAAUUUAUUUGAAAGGGAGAGAAAAUUUCUUUAUAAAAACCGUAGCGAUGCAAUAAGAGAGGACCCAGAGUUUGAAAACAGCGGUUUGGGUUUGUAGCAUCCGGCAAGACUGAACGCUAAAAAAAAAAAAAUGAUAGAUUUGUUUUACAUUCCUUGCUGCUCACAUUCAGAGAAACAAAACAAAACAAAAUAAUAAAAGUUUUUAUUCUGAUUAA